AAACUGUGGCUCUUUGUGUUCAAUUUUAAUUCCGGAGAGCCAUGGAUUACCGUUUUUCGCGGCAUGCCCGAAGGCGCAGCCCAAGACGACGAUCGCGAACCCCACCGCGGAGCGACGUUGCAGAGAGAAUCUCAAAGGCCUUGGUAAGAUUCGGCCGGUAUCGAGAUCAUCGGCCGGAAGGGCUCAUGGUGAGUUCUGAAGGAGGGUUCCUGCUUGAAAACCUCAUGGAAAGCUGGGCUGCGUACGAAGGAUACUCCAAGAAGGAAGUCCUUGAUGCCGCGAGGCUUCACAUGUUCCACGAGGAUGGGCACUCCCUGCGCUUCGAGAUCACGCAGACCAGUCGAGAUACCAUGAUCAAAGUGAAGCCCCGUAGAGGGGGUGGCCGCGGCGACCGUGGCGACCGCGGCGACCGUGGCGACCGUGGCGACCGUGGCGACCGCGGCGACCGCGGCGACCGCGGCCACCGUGGCGACCGCGGCGACCGUGGCGACGACCGGUGGCAUCGCUCUGGUCGUCGAAUUGGGUCCGUCAAAGUCGAGGAGUCAGAUCGAGAAGACUCCCUGCCUCCUCUGCGGGAGCCACGAACUCUCGACGAGAAGCUCGACAUGCCCUUAGAUGACCUCGCGGCCCCAGAGCGACACGGAGACCGAUCUGCUGCCAGCAGCUCCCGCGAGCCCUUUGCCGACAAGGCUUCUCGUGUGCAUCGCAAGAUGGAGCAGAUGGGUCACACACCAGCUAUGGCGCACCGAAGGAGGCCGCCGGUGAAUGCUGACCGAGGAGGCUCGCCACGGGGCUCACCCCGGGGCUCACCCCGGGGCUCACCGAUGGGCUCCGCUCCACGCGUGAGGAAGCCACCAAUGCCAAUGCGCCAACUGCGCCAACCCCCGAAGGAGGCGAGGUCGCCCUUCGUCAAGGCGCCGCCGGUCAAGGCGCCACCAGUCAAGGCGCCUCCCAUGCGCUUGCCGCCCAAGAAGGAAGCUGGUGCUGACCAGGGAAUGGAGGUUGAUCCUCCACGCCUGGGUGAGCCUCCACGCGAACAGGAUGACGAUCUCAGCGAAGGCUUCGAGGAGGAUGAAGCACCUGAUCCUCCGCCGGGAGAACAUUGGCAAGAGUUCGAAGAUGAGGGCCGACCUUGGUACUACUACGAUGGGCCGAAAGGCAAAUGGGCCUGCUUAGGCCCUGGCCACGAAGUGACCAAGCUUGGUGAGGACGAAUAGGUAGCCCCUGGCAAAGUUCUACACUACCUUCGAUUUGACGAUCGACACCUGAGGAAUAAAUGCAAUCUAGUGCUGGGCAAAGGCCCACUGUUUUUCUUAGACGACGUUGCAUUUUGACACCGUUUUCCUUUUCAGUCAAGCAGAUUGCCCUAUAGUUUA